AUGGCGCUCUCACCAGUUGUAACACACACGGUCGAGGGCGGUCAACCGCAAAGUCUGGGACGCGCAAUCUCUUCGCCUUUGAAGAAUGUCACUUCGCAAACAUCUUCGUCCAACGGAACGCCCAUGCCUCCUGUUACUUCUGCGCCUGUGCAGACCAGCAUCCCAACAACUCUCGAUCUUGCCGAGCAGAUGAACGAUGAGGAGAAGCGCAAAUAUGUCAAGGGCAAAAAACUGGGUGAAGGUACCUACGCCGUCGUCUUCCUGGGCCACCUCCGCUCAAAGCCCACCCAACUUGUCGCCAUCAAGAAGAUCAAAGUCCAGAAAGAAUACGACGAGGGCAUGGCUCCCGACGCCGUCCGCGAAUUGAAGCAUCUUCAGGAGCUCUCCCACCCAAACAUCAUCUCUCUCCUCUCCGUUUUCUCCUCAAAGGACCAAAACCUCAACCUCGUCCUCGAGUAUCUGCCCCGCGGUGAUCUCGAGAUGCUCAUUCGCGACACCGAGUCCGUUCGCUACGGUGCCGCAGACAUCAAGACAUGGAUGGGCAUGCUCACCCGUGCUGUCUGGUUCUGUCACGAGAACUUUGUCCUCCAUCGUGAUAUCAAGCCAAACAACUUGUUGAUCGCCGAUGACGGCGAGGUCAAGCUUGCUGAUUUUGGUCUUGCGCGCAGCUUCGCCGAUCCUCACCAGCUUAUGUCCUCGCGCGUCAUCACCCGCUGGUACCGACCCCCUGAGCUGCUCUUCGACGCAAAGCAUUACAGCGGUGCCGUUGAUGUCUGGUCGGUCGGCACCGUCUUUGCCGAGCUUGUUAUGCGUGCGCCCUACCUCCCCGGCAACACCGAUCUCGACCAGGUCCGUCUUGUCUGCGAGCUUGUCGGCACUCCGACCGACGACAACUGGCCUGGCGUUACCAAACUACCUGGUUACGCUGUCCCUGGGCAACAUCCCGUGCGCGGAAAGGAUUGGUACGAAAUGCGAUUUGGUACCGUAGGCUCCGAUGGCGUAGAUCUUCUCAUGAAGACACUCAUUCUCGAUCCCAAAAAGCGCAUCACAGCCCGUGGCAUGCUCGAGCAUCCUUGGUGGCACUCCGAGCCCAAACCCACUCGCAAGCAAGAUCUGCCUCGAAAGGGCGGCACGGGGGCUGAUGACAAGAUGGGCGCUGAUCUGAAGCGACGGCCAGGCGUGAUCGAGGAUGACAGAGGGUCCAAGGUUGCCCGCAAACUUGAUUUUGGUGGUAUGAAAUAG